AAAACUCUCACUUUGUGAUAUUAUGUUGAGAAAAACGGGAAGAAAGUGAUCGAUUAAGUUAAUAAAAUAUAUGCAGGGUCCAUUAUUUUGACACUGUAGUCGUUCUGCACUUGUGGGGUUCUUAAAACCAAUGGGCCGGGGAUAUAUGCAGACAGACAAGACUUACAGCGAAAAUGUUACUAGAAAUUUUGAUUGCUGGAAUUGUUAUAAUAUUAACCUUGAUAGUAUUCAGACUUGGAUCUUUCCUAUACAAGUGGUCAACAAGGCGUCAUCAAGUCCCACCGGAUGUGGUCAUUCUGUAUCAAAUCGGCAGAGGUCCAUUUGCACCAAGUGUCUCCCCCUUUCCUUUAAAAUUGGAGACGUUUUUACGGAUGACGAAAACUCCAUACGUUAACGAUCACUCGGGAAAGUUUUCCUCCAAAAGAAAAACACCUUGGAUAGAGUAUGACGGGAAAUCUAUAGCCGAUUCCCAGUUCUGCAUUGAUUAUAUCAAGAAAAAAAGAGGCGUGGACGUUAAUGGCGACCUGUCUCCCUCAGAUCAAGCAGUGGCCAGAGCGUUUCAAAAGAUGACUGAAGAAAAUCUAUAUUGGACAAUGUGCAUUGAAAUGUUCGGCGAGGACACAUCAACAGUAGAGAAGGUUAUACCGUACAAAGGGCUGAAACUCUGGCUCACCAUUUGGUUCCUCAAGCGCGUCAUCAAGAAAGAGACGUGGGGCCAUGGUAUAGGCCGACACACCCCGGACGAGGUCUGGUCCAUAGCUGUGGAUGACAUGACUGCAAUAUCUAACUUUCUUGGGGACAAGGAGUUUUUCAUGGGAUCUGAGCCUAGCGAAGUAGACUGUGCGAUGUUUGGAAUGUUAACCAUGAUAAUAUUGAACAUGCCGAACUCAAAACAUGAUAGAUAUGUUAGAGAAAAUUUACCAAACAUAGUUCGUUACUGUGAACGGAUGAAACAACGAUUUUGGCCUGAUUGGGAAAGCCAUAUUCUAACAAGCAGCAAGUACGAAAAUGAUGACGGGAAAAUUUAUUUCAAUUCACCAGAAGAAAGAUCCUAAAUAUAGUUUUAGAACCUAAAUAUAGCUAUGGCUAUUGUAUUGGAAAUUCUACCAUCAAGGAUUUGGUUUGGAAACCAAAAUAUUGUUAAGUCCAUGCGCAAAGUAACAUGACCUCAAAUUUUUGAGUCCAGAAGUUACCAUUUGACCAAAGGUUGUAAAUGUUUGAGGUUUUACUGUAUUUUAACAUUUUACAAUUUUUCACUGAAAUGUUGUUAAGUGUACUAAAUUCAUUGGCCAUGUUGUGAUUCAUUUUCAUAAAGCUCAUAUGAGCUUUUGCCCCAGAAUCAAUUUUUCCGGAUGGGCUGGUGGGAUUUGUCCGGUGAUAUUUGCUUCCAUUUUAUUUUUUUGUUCAGAACAGAACAACUCAAAGCAAGCAAACUUCACACAA